UCUGCCAGGAAUGACAUGUUAACAGUCCAUGCUAUUGGAUGGAACCGACGGAAGCAGGAAGGCCUUCAUCUUGCAUUAUCCAGCAGAUACGUCAAGACUUGUGAAAAGGCGCAGGCUGAGUCUCAGAGACUGGAAGAUUUGACCAAUCAACUUGGUUGCCCUGAGAACAUGGUGCAUCAGUGGGUUCAUGAUGUCAGAGAAUGGGCUUCUGAUGAUUCUGCAGGUACCAGAUGUGAUGACCAACAACCUCUUCAGGAAUCAAUUGAAGAAAUGUUCCUUGCGGUUCAUCACAGAAAAGCCAGCCUUUAUAAUCAGACUGACAGCAACAAAAUCCGACAGUUGCGACGAAGGAAAUUGGGGGAAGAGAAGAAAAAACUGUUUGAAAAAAUCAAGCUGUACAAUGAGCAGGUUGCAGAUGAGGAGCGCAUCCUUGAGGAUAAGGUGGAAAGCAGACUCUCUGUGGUGGAAGGAGACAGUGGGGCAGACUGUCUAAUAUGGCCAUGGGAAGUGCACAGCAGAGAAUCGAGCAAUAUCCUUACGAAGAAGAAGAUUUUUGAUGUUUACAUGUCAAAAAUGCGGCUUCAAGAGGAAAAGAUCAUUUUGAUGAGGGAGAUGAGACAGCACUGCGCCUACCUCAGAAAGCUGGCCUGGAGUCUCCGCAAAAUGAUGUCCGAAAUGUCUUCUGGCAGGAACAGUGGCAGUUUAAGUGAAGAGGGCCAUCGUGGGCUGCUGUGUCUUCAUCAGAAAAGGCUUGCUGAUGUGGAGGAGAAGUUCCAAGUCGUUAGCUCAAGGUACAGCCAGGCUUUAGGACCGAAUGCUGCUUCUCUGCUUGAGGACGGACCCGAGGACAUACCGGAGGACGACAAAGAACAUGUAUAUGAGAGUUCAGAUGAGAGUGAUUUUGAGGCAGUGUAAACCAGUUUUUCGAAACACUAGCUUUAUAGAUGGAAAGGUAUAGCAUCGGAUUUAUGUAUGUCAAGCGCGAUAUAAUCUUCCCUGCAAGAGCAUGUAUGCCCUCCAGCUCUCUCAGAGCAGACACUUCCUCACACAAGGUGGCUGCUCUGUGCGCGUACUGUGUAGUUUCAUACAUGAAGAUGUCAUUAUGUAACUCUUCCUAUG